CGCAGCCAGACACCAUCCCACGUUGCCCGAAAAUGCGCCAGUGCGGCACCGGCCUUGCUGUCUGCUCUCGUCAAAGGGGGGAGUGAACUUUCCACAUGAUGCCUCUCGGUCGCAGACGACGUGAGACACUAGCGGCGUCUAAUGAAGCCGACGAGCGGGAUGAAAACAUCUCACAGACAAUGCAGUAGACGCUGAUAAGUGUCCUCGCAAAUUUAUGGUGCGGGCCUUAGCGCUCAGUCGCUGUCAGCUGCGGUGGAGCCCGGAGCCGCGAUACCAGUUGCAGCCGAGCCACGCCGGCGGGGCAUCCAUUACAAGGCGCCCGCGGCUCGCAGAGCGACGUCACACCGCCUGUCGGUCCAAAACGGGGUCUGUGCUACUGGCAGUGGGGAGUUCGCCAUGCCUCAUAACAUCAGAAGACGUUAGUGUUGGUUUGCACUGCGAUACCAAGUUAUCGCCGUUGAGAUAUGUGAGUGACUAAACGCUUGACCAUCUGUGGUGGUCAUAUGAGCACAAGGCAAGCUCGCUGUAUUACGAAGGGCAAAGUGAUUUUACACUUAAGUAUUACCACUAGGACGUGACAACAUCUGAGUAUCACCUACAGAGCACAUAGACCUUCAUAUUAUUAGGUGCUCAGUUUUCUUUGCUCGCCGUUAGUAACCGCGUGUAUGUACUUAUGCCCUUCUCGAUGUAGUGAAUCGAUUGUAAUGCCGCUAUCGAUAAAAAAUUCAAGGAACAUUUCUUAAUGAAGAUGUUCUUCAUCUCUUUCGACCGGGUGUCCGAAGAUAUCGGAUAGAAGCAGUAGAAAGUACGUUUCCCUUUGGGUUACCUCGGAUCGAGAACUGAAGCUUGUGUUUACUGGUUGGAACAGUGUUGAGUGAGACAGAUGCGCUGUUGUUAAACGUAGUAAGAGUUGUAGUGUUUCUGAGAGCGCAACGCGAUGGGUAUCACGGUUUCGAUAUCGACGCCUCCUCCAGACAUGAACGAAACUCUGGCGGAGGCGCUGCUGAACGAGACCCUGUCGGUGCGCGAGUACCUGGAGCUGACGCGCGGGCCCAAACACCUGUCGCCGUGGGUGGUGGUGCCCAUCACCGUCGUCUACUCCGUCAUCUUCGUGACGGGCGUGCUCGGCAACGUGGCCGUCUGCGCGGUCAUCGUACGCUCACCCAGCAUGCGCACCACAACAAACUACUACCUGUUCAGCCUCGCCAUCUCCGACCUCAUACUGCUCCUGUUAGGUCUGCCCAACGAGGUGAGCGUGUACUGGCAGCAGUAUCCGUGGGUCCUGGGGACAGGCGUCUGCAAGCUGCGAGCGCUCGUCUCAGAGAUGUCGUCGUACGUGUCGGUGCUGACGAUCGUGGCGUUCAGCCUGGAGCGCUACCUGGCCAUCUGCUACCCCAUCUACUCGUACACGAUGAAGGGCCUGCACAGCGCGCUCGGCAUCAUCGCCGUGCUCUGGAUGAUCGCCUUCGUGUCCGCCGUCCCCUUCGCCUACUACACCACCGUCGACUACGUCGAGUACCCUCCAGGUUCCGGGGCGCCGCUGGAGGAGUCGGCGUUCUGCGCGAUGCUGAUGCACAACCUGCCGGCCGGCUACCCGCUGUGCGAGCUCAGCAGCGUCUUCUUCUUCGUGCUGCCCAUGACGGUGAUGCUGGUGCUCUACACGCGCAUGGCGCGCGUCAUAUGGCGGCCGCGAGCCGUCCCCCGCGGCUCCGUACGCAAGGACCACAACCGCAAGCCCAUCGUGCGCAUGCUCGCGGCGGUGGUGCUGGCGUUCUUCAUCAGCUGGGCGCCCUUCCACAUGCAGAGGCUGAUGUACAUCUACGGGCGAGAUGCACCCAACUUUGAGGAGAUCAACGAGGUGAUGUACUACGUGACGGGCUGCUUCUACUACUUCUCGGCCACCAUUAACCCCAUCCUGUACAACGUCAUGUCCGCCAAGUACCGCAACGCCUUCCUGCAGACCCUGUGCGGGCGCCAGAAGUCCCGUCCAGGUGGCCGAGGCGAACAGUCCAGCUUCCGCGAGAACACGGUAGUCGGAUAUUUGUUGGAUUCGAGAGAAGAAAUAUCCUCAGAAUUAAAGGAAAUAUGAAGGUACGACGGUUCAGUGAGCCGCGCGAGCACCACGCGCUACUCGGUGUGUCGCGGGACGGCAGCCGCCGGCGACAGG